AUGCCUCGGGGCCAGAAGAGUAAGCUCCGUGCUCGUGAGAAACGCCGCCAGGCCCGAGGUGAGCCCCAGAGCCUCGAGGGUACUCAGGCCACUGCAGCAAAUGUGGAAGAGUCCUCUGACUCUCCUGUUUCUGGGGAUACUCUCCCGAGUCCCCCUGCUGCUGGCACUUCCCAGGAGCCUCAGGGAUCCCCAGCCACUAGCUCUCCUACUGCAGGUGUUUCACACCCAAGAUCUAAUGUAGGUGCCAAGAGCCAAGCUGAGAAAAAGAAAAAUUCCUCUCAGGCCUCAACUUCCCCUGAGAAUGCUCACAAAGAUCUUCUAACCAGGAAGGUGGGGAUGUUGAUGCAGUUCCUGCUAGAAAAGUAUACAAUGAGGGCGCCCAUUUUGAAGUCAGACAUGCUGAAGAUCAUCCACAAAAGGUACAAGGAGCACUUUCCCGAGAUCCUCAGGAAAGCCUCUGAGCACAUGGAGCUGGUCUUUGGCCUGGAAUUAAAGGAAGUCAAGCCCGGCCGUCACUCCUAUAUCCUGGUCAGCAGCCUAGACCUCACCGCCGAUGGCAAUGUGAGCAGUGCCUGGGGCUUUCCUAAGAAUGGGCUUCUCAUGCCUCUUCUGAGUGUGAUCUUCUUGAGUGGCAACCGAGCCUCUGAGAAGGAUAUCUGGGAAUUCCUGAAUAUUUUGGGCAUCUAUGAUGGCAGGAAGCAUUUAGUCUUUGGCGACCCCAGGAAGCUCAUCACCCAAGAUCUGGUGCAGGAAAAGUAUCUGGAGUACCGCCAGGCACCCGGUAGUGAUCCUCCACGCUUCGAGUUCCUGUGGGGCCCGAGAGCCCAUGCUGAGACCAGCAAGAUGAGAGUCCUGGAGUUUUUGGCCAAGGUUCAUGAUACCGUCCCCAGCGCCUUCCCAUUCCAUUACGAAGAGGCUCUGCGAGAUGAGGAAGAGCGGGCCCGAGCCAGAGCCACAGCUGGGGCUGCCUCUCCUACCCGGGCCGGUGCACGUUCCCAGGCCAAGUCCGGCCUCUCCUCUCCUCCCUAG